AGCCGCAGGAUGGAGAGAGAAUUUGUGUAUGAAUUCAACGCUGGGAGCCAGCGUUUUGCGCUUACCGUGCCGCUGACGUUCCCCGCCCAAGAAAACGUUAGUCAUUUGCCUAGGCGUCUGAUGCUUCUUCAUAAUUUGCCUUGCUUCGUAGAAAAUGGCUUAAGGGAGUCUCUUGCUAAAUUCGUAGAGGAGGAAUCUGUAGAAGAUUUUGACAGAGAAGCGGAAGCGGCUCUGGAAGCUGUAAGAUCUGGCAAAAUGGAUUUACACCAGCUGGCGAAGGCUUGGGCCCAAGCUUACACUGAGGCAACAUCAGAGUAUGCCAGACCAGAAGACCCCAGCUGGGAUGAAGAUUUUGCAGAUGUUUAUCAUGACUUGAUCCACUCCCCUGCCUCUGAAACGCUGUUAAACUUGGAACAUAAUUAUUUUGUUAGCAUCUCUGAAUUAAUAAGUGAAAGGGACGUGGAGCUUAAAAAACUGCGAGAAAGACAAAGGGCAGAAAUGGAUAAGGUGAUGCAAGAACUGGGGAAAUCAUUAACAGAUCACGAUGUAAACAAGUUGGCAGCUCAGCACUUCGAAUCCCAGCAGCUUCUGGAGAACAAGUGGAACAAUGAAUUGAAACAAACCACUGCAAUCCAAAAACAAGAGUAUCAAGAAUGGGUUGUAAAACUUCACCAGGAUCUGAAAAAUCCCAACAGUACUAUUGGUGAUGAGAUCAAAGUUACUCCUAAUCAGUGGAGAGAAUCCGAAGAAGGAACUGGAAGACUCUUUGAGGACCAGAGGCAAUUGGAAGAAAGUUUCACUAUCCAUUUGGGAGCACAGCUGAAAACCAUGCAUAAUCUGCGACUACUGAGGGCAGAUAUGCUAGAUUUCUGCAAGCACAAGCGCAGUCACCGCAGCGGAGUCAAACUCCACCGUCUUCAGACUGCACUAUCACUUUAUUCAACUUCCCUUUGUGGUCUAGUCUUGCUUGUGGAUAAUCGCAUCAGUUCGUAUAGUGGGAUCAAAAGAGAUUUUGCAACAGUUUGCCAGGAGUGUACAGAUUUCCAUUUUCCUGAAGUUCAGGAGCAGCUUGAAGUUGUUCAGCAAGUUGUCCUUUAUGCUCGAGCACAACACAGUAGUAAGGCCAAAAGACUAAACGAAGCAGGAAACAGAAAUAGUGGCAGUGAAGAUAAAUCUAAGAAUGGGGAACAGAAUCAAUUAAAUAUUUUUCCAGGAGAAUUUUAUAUCACCCGACAUUCAAAUCUCUCUGAAAUUCAUGUGACUUUUCAUCUUUGUGUGGAUGACAAUGUGAGGUCCGGUAAUAUUACAGCCCGGGAUCCUGCAAUCAUGGGCCUCCGAAAUAUCCUUAAAGUGUGCUGCACCCAUGACAUCACCACAAUUAGUAUUCCUCUUCUGCUGAUACAUGAUAUGUCUGAAGAAAUGACAAUAUCUUGGUGUCUGAAAAGAGCAGAACUUGUAUUUAAGUGUGUCAAAGGAUUUAUGAUGGAAAUGGCUUCCUGGGAUGGUGGGAUUUCUCGAACUGUUCAAUUCUUGGUACCACAAAGUAUUUCUGAAGAAAUGUUUUACCAACUGAGUAACAUGUUGCCACAGAUUUUCCGUGUGUCAUCUACGCUAACUCUGACAUCCAAACACUGAACUCCCUCCAAAGUUCUGCAAAGGAUUAAUAAGAUGAUACUGGAUUUUAAUACCUGAAACAUUCUGAUAACUUGAACAUGAUUGAGGAAAUUCCUAAUAGAAGCAUCUACAAUAUUAAAAAAAAUCACUGUACUUUCGUGCCUACACAAAGGGAAAUGGGUAAUGGGUUAUUUUUUUUCUUUAUUUUUUUGCCAUUUUGCAUUCCAGGCCCACCCACUGUUAAAUGCUAUUCUAAGGUCCUUCCAACUCUUAGAUAACAAGAACUGUAGUAGAAAGGUGGGAAGCUAAAAAUGUCUGUGUAUAACUGGAAAGUAGCUGUAUGUUGAAAAUAUAAUUAUCAAAGGAAAAAACUGUUGCUUUUUUUCUAGAUAUGGAUGCAUGCACAUAGAAGUUUUCUUACCUGUUUUGUUUUG